AAACAACGUUGAGGGGUAAAACUCCACGUACGCUCACGGCUUUUAUUUCUUGAGUCAGACAGUUCGUGGGUUUUUUUGCAGCCUUUUGACUUCUUUACUUCCGUUUCAAGUAUUAUUGUAAAAGAUUCUGAUUACAACUGAACAAUUUCCAAUUGUGACCGAGUGAGAAGUUUAAUUUGCAUCCAGCAAUGUCAAGUUGCUCAACUAUCCACUUAACUUUACCGCAGUGGGACGGGGGUUCACGGAAAAUUCGCUAUAUUUAUUUGGUGAAUCUGACAUCGUUCAGUCUGACUGAGUGCUCCAACAAGACUCCAGUGGUUCCUCUAUAUUUAGGAGCUGAUGUCUUCUCCAACACGGACAUCCGCACAGAGAACCAUCCCAGAUACCACGCCAAGUUUGCGAAGAAAGGAUUCGCAACAAAAAUAAAUUUUUCCUCAGCAUACAGGUUCCAUGGGUUGAAGGUACAUACUGCAAAUAACAGCCUCUGGUUCUACAGCGUUCAAGGACUUUUUCGAGUAGUCUUUGAGCUGUACAGUAAGCAAGAGCAGCUUGCUGUGUUGGAGAACUUCCAGGACGUUUGGAAAUCGCAGAUAAAUGAAAGCCCCCUGAAAAUGAGUUACAGCCUCAAUGUGCAGCUCGAAAUGCCACCACCUCAGCAUUGCCAUGUUGGCAUGGAAUCAGUGGAUGUGUAUUGCAGUGACACCGGCGAUACAUCGUCAGAUCACGAUUAUUGUUCUUUUCCCAAGCAGAGCUUGCAGGCUGAGCAAAGCCAACAAGUUAUAUCCACAGUGAGACAGAAAUUGCACAGCUUGGACGACAAACUCUCCACUGACACUCAAAGCAACACAGAACAGCUGGAGACUAUCUUGAUGCUUUUGGAGAACAUUGAUCGGCACAUAAAUGGGACCCUAGAAGAAAAGGAUGCAACAGAAACGGUGUUAGCCCUGCUGAAGGCCAAAGGUUGGGGCUGUGCAUAUUCAAGUUCCCUGCUUUGUGGUGUAGGACGAUGGCUCGGGCAACAGUUUCAUGCAGCCAACAGCAGCAUCAGCCAGAAAGUGGAGGGCUUUAAAGUACAGCAUAUUGAACAUAUUAGUGACCUGCCACCUGCAGAAGAGCUCGCCACAGAGCUAUUCCCAGAAGCCAUGCAAACACUGCUGCUUCAUUGGAUGGGCUUAAGUGAUGAGUCCACCAUGGAAAAGAGACACAGCGAGUACCCAAUACUGCUCCUUAUCCUCGAGUUUGCCAACCACAACCUCAUCACAGGUGUGGCGCAUGUGCUGUACUCCAGCCUUAUAUGUAAAUAGGAGUGGAUUUCCAAUUUAGAUUUUAAGCAAAUUGUUUGACAAAGCGACUGUUUUAUUGGAUAAGUUACUUUUCUGUUUACCGUGUAAUGCACAGUUCCUAAAACUUGACAUUUAAUUCUAUAUAAUUUUGCCUUAGUAAUUACUUUAUGAAUGGAACUUGGAAAACCAAUUAUAAUUUUGUAUCGUUAACGCCCAGCCCUCGUAACAAUGAGUUCAUUUGAAUAGAAACGUAAUAAACACAAAUUAGGUGAUGUAUGAAAAAUCUUAAUCAACAUAAAACUAAUUUAUUUUAAGAACAUUUGAAGUAUGUGAUUUCUCCUGUUGAGCACAUCUGUAUCCAUGGCAAUCCAGAAGACAAAAUGUAUUACAACCCACAGUUUAGUUUUUUUCAAGUCAGGAGAAAUGAAUCUGUGGGAUUCUGAUAAUGCAAAAUUUACUUCAGAUGCCUUUCGCUAAAUGGAUGUAAACAGUGUUCACUUGAACCACAUUAUAUUCAGUUUGUCGAAACAAUCACAAAUCAAUAUAUAUUCAUGUUUAAAAAAAAGAAAAGCUACCACAUUAUUCAAACGAAUAUCUAAUUUUAACCAGUAUCAACCAGUCAAACGGAUGCGUCCUUUUGCAAAGAUUACAGUACAGAUUCAUAAACACAAACUCAGCAUCUGGCUAUUUACAUUAUAAUGUUCCAAUAUGCAAGAUGUUAGUCUAUAAAUAAAUUACAGAUUCAGAGAAACAUCCGCGCAAGCUUGAGCGCUAGCGAUGACAUGGUGGUCCUAUAUGAUCAGAUGAGUGGACAAUACUAGAUGGAAUCCAUUCCACGUGAGAAUGAGGUGGUGAAACCAAGGCCCAUUCCUCUCUGGGUGUGUGUCUGAGACCGAGCCAUCUCAUACUGAACGUCAAGGUUCCUAAACAUCUCCUCCUGCUUUUGAAGAGUCUUCAAGCCCUCCUCAUUAAGUGGUUUGGCAACUUCAGCUUCCUCCUCUCCCUGUAUAGACACCGCAUUCAAUUAAUUACAAGAAGUUCAGUUUUACAGCAGUAUCAAAUACCCAUUAGUUAAAUAAAAUUACAAUUGUACUUGCCUUAAUACCCAUUAGUUUGCGGAAUUUAACAUUUUGGUUCUUGUUUCCAAAGUUCAGCUUCUCCCACAACUCAGCUGUCUGUGACUUGUCCUUAAAAACAGAAAUGGAAUAUUGAAUAUAUACAAAUAAAAAAAAAAAUGAAUAUCUUUAAAAAGAAAUGCAUGCACAAAACUGCUAGAUAAUUAAGAAAUAACCACUCCAUUCAAUCUUACCCCUUCCUUCUUUCCCUGCCAAAGCAUUUUCCUCUUUUUCUCCUGCUCUGCGAACUUCAUGGGGUUUACAGCAGACGGGUUAUAGUAGCUGGGUACAGCGAUACCCGUCUCUGCCAGUGUUUUUGCUUGUAGGGCUGCCAUCUGUGCUGCCAUGGCUAUCUGAGGCGUGACCUGGGUCCCAGAGGCCAGAAGGGCUGCCACAUUUAGGACAGAGUUUGAGGUGGCCGCUGCAGCUGCGACUGCCGCAAUAGGGGCAGUCACUGGAAACAAAACACACAGACCAGCAUUGUAAGUAACUCAAUUUCCACUUAAAUCAUCAAGGUUUAAAAAAAAAAAAAAAAA